AUGUCUGUUGGUAUCGUUUAUGGUGAUCAGUAUAGACGGCUGUGUUGUAGCUCACCUAAGUUUGGCGACAGAUACGCCUUGGUCAUGGAUUUAAUCAAUGCAUACAAACUCAUUCCAGAACUUUCUCGUGUGCCUCCCUUACAGUGGGAUUCACCUAAUCGCAUGUAUGAAGCAGUGACUACCUUUCACUCUAAAGAAUAUGUUGAUGCUCUCAAAAAAUUACAAAUGCUACACAUUGAGGAGAAAGAAUUGACUGCUGAUGACGAGUUACUUAUGGAUUCAUUUAGUCUGAAUUAUGACUGCCCUGGUUUUCCUAGUGUUUUUGAUUAUUCGUUAGCUGCUGUUCAAGGUAGUUUAGCUGCAGCUAAUGCUUUAAUCUGUCGUCAUUGUGAGGUCGUUAUCAACUGGGGCGGCGGGUGGCAUCAUGCCAAAAGAAGUGAAGCUUCUGGAUUUUGCUAUUUAAAUGAUGCCGUUUUGGCCGUCCAUCGACUAGUUUCAUCAACUCCAUCAGAAAUUUCACCCAACAGACAGACACGAGUAUUGUAUGUUGACCUUGAUCUUCAUCAUGGUGAUGGAGUAGAAGAAGCUUUCUGGUAUAGUCCUCGUGUAGUUACGUUUUCCGUACAUCAUGCCUCCCCUGGUUUCUUUCCCGGUACAGGAACCUGGAAUAUGGUCGAUAAUGAUAAACUACCGAUUUUCUUAAAUGGCGCUGGUCGUGGCAGAUUCUCAGCAUUCAAUUUGCCAUUAGAAGAAGGUAUCAAUGAUUUGGACUGGUCAAAUGCUAUUGGCCCUAUACUUGAUUCUCUUAACAUGGUUAUUCAACCAAGUUAUGUUGUAGUCCAAUGUGGAGCCGAUUGUUUAGCUACUGAUCCACAUCGAAUAUUUCAUUUAACUAAUUUUUAUCCUAGUUUCAAUUCAGAUUGCGACCCAGAAUGUAGUUUAAGUGGCUAUUUGUACGCUAUUAAGAAAAUUUUAUCAUGGAAAGUUCCGACUUUGAUACUUGGAGGUGGUGGCUAUAAUUUUCCGGAUACAGCCAGGCUAUGGACAAGAGUUACAGCUCUGACAAUUGAAGAAGUUAAGGGCAAAAACUUCUUAUCGACUGAUUCCAACUGUCUGAGUAUCAAAUCGUAUAAAUAUGAGAAACCUCGCCAUACUGGUACUAAUAACCCUUGAAUCGUGCAACAUACGUGAUUUAUCGACCACUGUAAAGUGGACAUUUCCGUCCUGUAAAACGACUAUUCCAAUUCAUUAUUUUCGGAACUUAAGACAGUUUCUUGGUUUCCACCACUAAAGAGAAGCUGCUCAGUGUCACCUAUUCACCCACAAAUUUCGUACGGGAGAUCUAAUGAUACGAAGGUCCUCGAUCCAAAGUGAACGUGAUCAAUUCAGAAGCAAUGAAUAACAUUCCUAAACUAUAGCUUACAUUCAAAGUGCUCAUACUGUGGUGGGUGCUACUGAUGUCGACAGAUAUAAGUAGAAUGAAUCAUCGGUCGUAAGUGAAAUGUUCGGCGGCAGAAGCUUAAGAAGAUCGAAGGAAAGAGAACGAGAACAGAGACUGAUUUGUGUGGAACGAAGGAGCAACAAAAUCUGAGACAAUUGAUGAAUAUUUUGCAAAUGAAGAAUCACUGUAUGGUUCUCAGAUUUUACUAAAAGAUUCUGUAAUUUUGUGCUCUAAUACCUGGUAUUCUCGUCCACUACAAUACUAUACAGUGAUCAUAACUCAUAUAGAACAGAAUAGAAAAAAUGUGUUUUACUAACUUAUGAACAACUUAAAUAUAUUAUUUCUUACAGAACAAAAUACAUAUUAAAUCGUUUUAAAAUCCUUGUUUGGUCAUAUUAGACCAUUUAAUUGUAUAUUACUGUGUACGGUCGAUUUUAUUUUCUUCUAACACAAUAAGAAGUUUCACAUGUUUUAUCAACCAAAAAGUAAAUGUACGAUCCUUUAUUAAUUGUGACGGUAUAAAUAAGUAAAUCGAUAAUGAACAAGUAUUGUCAAUUUUCAAACCAAAAAAUGUUAAUCUGAUAAAAACUUACUCAGCUAUCGGUAACGUAAAAGAAAAUAACUGAUUGAAAUGAGUUGAGUAAGUUUAUUGUACAUGACAGAGAUAUAUGUAGAGUUCUCGUUGAUAUUAUCUGUUUCUACUUCUAAUAGGUUUAGCGUUAUGAUUUUCAAGAACCCAGUUUCAGACUUUAUUAAUUUUGAUGAAACAUUUGAAGGAUAAACUUGACUGCCGACUGACAUCUCCUAACAAACUAUAUAAAAUUGAGGACAUAUUCUUUCAUCUAGAUUUAGAGAGCUUAUUUAACUUUUCAAAAUCAUAACUGCACAUUACUCUCACAUACAAGAAGUACAACGCUCGUGUCGAGCGCACUAAUUGUUAACUACUGAGUUGAAAUUCAAAUGUUGUUAUCUCUUUUAUAUUAUAUCUCAAUUGUUCAAUGUAGUCGGUGCAUGACUCUACAAAUCUCAAUAUGACUGACUGCUCUAUUCAUUUUUCACAUUAUAAUUUUUCGAGAAAUAACCUACUAAUCACUAGUGAGAUUUCGUGUAUUUUAAAAGCAACUUUUGAUCUAAAUUGAUGUCAUUUGUCUAUUACUGCUAGAUUUUUUUAAUUAUCAGUAAUGUUAAUAAUGAAAAUCAACUUAGAAAUUCUGUUUAGUAAAUAAUUGAUCAUAACUUUGAAGUACGCAAAUAUUUUGUAAAAUAAUUCAGAUCUACUUUACAUUAUUAAUGAAUAUGUGUUAUGAGAGAACAAUACAUUAAUACACUAUUUUAGAUUAAAAGGUCUCAAAUAGCCG